AGGUGCGUUUACAAACUCAACCAAAACCCAAACCUGGCGAGAGCCUCCUGUAUGCUGGGACCAUAGACUGUUUUAAAAAAACUUUAGCCAAAGAGGGUAUUAAAGGACUCUAUAAAGGAAUGGCAGCCCCCAUAAUCGGAGUCACGCCCAUGUUUGCUGUCUGUUUCUUUGGGUUUGGGCUGGGAAAGAAACUGCAACAGAGAACUCCCGAUGAUAUUCUUACGUAUCCACAGCUGUUUGCUGCUGGGAUGUUGUCUGGCGUGUUCACCACAGCCAUCAUGGCUCCUGGAGAGCGCAUCAAAUGUCUCCUACAGAUUCAGGCGUCCACUGGGGAGGUGAAGUAUGCAGGACCCAUGGACUGUGUCAAACAGCUGUACAGAGAGUCUGGAAUCAGGGGGGUCUACAAAGGCACCGCUCUGACCCUUAUGAGAGAUGUUCCAGCCAGUGGGAUGUACUUCAUGUCUUAUGAGUGGUUGAAGAAUCUCCUGACACCUGCAGGAAAAAGCCAUAACGAGCUCAGUAUUCCCAGCGUGCUGUUUGCAGGAGGGAUGGCCGGCAUCUGUAACUGGGCUGUCGCUAUUCCCCCCGACGUACUCAAGUCUCGUUUCCAGACAGCUCCUGAAGGGAAGUAUCCCAACGGUUUCCGUGAUGUCCUGCGGGAGCUGAUCAGAGAGGAGGGCGUGGCCUCUCUGUAUAAGGGCUUCAACGCUGUCAUGCUUCGAGCUUUCCCUGCAAACGCGGCUUGUUUCUUAGGAUUUGAGCUCGCAAUGAAGUUCCUGAACUGGUUGGCACCAAACCUGUGAUGGAGGCUCGGCGUCACCUCGUUUGUGAUCCCUGGGAAACGCACGGAUCUGAAGAGAUUUUAAAGAAUUUCUAACUUUUUGAUUGUUUCUGAAACAUUUUGGUACAGUGCAACACGUGGAUGGUUCAGACCUGCUGAGAGUCGAUUGGAAAAUGUUGUGAUGGCCUGGCUGUAACCGUGCCAA